ACUGGAACUCAGUUGGGUGAACCUCUGCAGGGCCAUGCUGACUGGGUCAACUCAGUUGCAUUUUCGCCUGAUGGAACCAGACUUGUGUCUGGCUCUUAUGAUAAGACAUUGAGAAUCUGGGAUACCAGAACUGGAACUCAGAUUGGUGAGCCUCUGCAGGGCCAUGAUCAGAAUGUCAACUCAGUUGCAUUUUCACCUGAUGGAGCCAGAAUUGUGUCUGGCUCAUGGGAUAAGACAUUGAGAACUUGGGAUGCCAGGACUGGAACUCAGUUGGGUGAGCCUCUGCAAGGCCAUACUGACUGGGUCAACUCAGUUGCAUUUUCGCCUGAUGGAACCAGAAUUGUUUCUGGCUCUGAUGAUGGGACAUUGAGAAUCUGGGAUGCCAGGACUACAACUCAAAUUGGUGAGCCUCUCCAAGGCCAUACUGACUGGGUUAACUCAGUUGCAUUUUCACCUGAUGGAACCAGAAUUGUCUCUGGUUCUUAUGAUGAGACAUUGAGAAUAUGGGAUGUCAGGACUGGGACUCAGAUUGGGGAGCCUUUGCAAGGUCAUACUCAUUGGGUUGACUCAGUUGCAUUUUCACCUGAUGGAACCAGAAUUGUCUCUGGCUCUUAUGAUAAGACAUUGAGGACUUGGGAUGCUAGGUCUGGAACUCGGAUUGGUGAGCCUCUGCAGGGGCAUGAUCAUAAUGUCAAUUCAGUGGCAUUCUCACCUGAUGGAACCAGAAUUGUCUCUGGAUCUAAUGAUAAGACAUUGAGAAUUUGGGAGGCCAGAACUGGAACUCAGUUUAGUGAGCCUCUGCAGAGCCAUGCUCAUAAUGUCACCUCA